CUGCCUGCAAUAAGGAAUCCUGGAGUGUAAAUGUAUGUUUAAUAUAUCAUAUGAAUCUUUGUUAGAAUAGGUUUAUGAAGGUGGUUUCUUAGAGUGUGGCUUGCACUGCUGAUCUUUUGGAAUUUGAGAUAAUGCCCAACAAAGCCCAAGAGGAUGCUGUGAUUAACCUGAAAACACUGCAGGAGAUUUCCAGCAAGCUCGGUUUUGAGUGGACCGUUUUGGCGUACGAGCUUGGCUUCAACAGAACUGAGAUAGGCCGGUUCCACACCAAAUCUGCAGAGAAGAGUGUCCAGGCUAGGAGCAUGCUGGAAAGCUGGUAUGAGAAAUCAUGGGAUAAGCCCAAUAAGACCAAGCUGCUGCAAGACGGACUGGAGCAGGCAGGCAGACGGGACCUGGCUGAGAGGCUGCGCUGCCUCCACUGGGGCCACCAGAAGCUGAGCCGAAGGGUUGAGCUGCCCUCCGCCUUCCCCUUCAUCAUCACAGUCCACAAGACCAUCCACAACCAGGACGCUCUGCGCAGGAUCAACGACCUUAGCCGUAGAUAUACUUAAAGCUGGGUCUGAGUACGCAUGGCUCUGGUUGUGUUUAUAGUAUAGAAGUACACAGUUAUCUGAUGAUAUAAAUGUAACAAAUGUCACUGAACAAGCACAUUAGAGCCAUUUAUAUAGUCAUUGCAAUUAAUGUCUUGUAUGAAAUUUGAGCUUUGCAAUAAAGAUGGACCCAUCUUGAA